AUACUACGUUCUUACACACACGAUCGAAUCACAUGCACUUUCGUUUUGCGUGUACUGUAUUGUAUUGCAAGUUUUUUGUGUGUGUAACGGCGAGGCGCGCCGCCGCGUAUACCAAACCGUGCCGGUACGAUACGGUAUGUAAACAUAAUAAACGUGUACAAAAUACAUGUAGCUAUACACACACGAACGAACUGGCCAUCAGGGAAAAAAGACCGAAGCGGUAUACUAUUUUCAUUUCUGAAGUUAAUAACUGCAAAGGAGGAAUAAGAAAAUGAUCAAGAAUCGAUUCAGGAAAGGAAAACACAGAAAGUUUCAGGAUGACUGGGAGAAGUCUCAUGAGCCAGUCGUUGAGGGUGUUACAUUCUUUGUUAAAUACCUUGGAGUUGAGAUAGUCAAUCUACCCAACGAUGAAACGCAUACCGCGGAAGCAAUUAAAAAGAUCGUCCAUCGGGCAAAGUAUGGAUCUGGUAAGGUGCGGAAAGUGGCACUGACAGUGACUCCAACAUCAUUAAAACCUACAGACUUAGAAACAAAUGAAGAAUUAGAGGAAAUAGUUAUUCAUAGGAUAUCAUACUGUACAGCAGACAAGAACAAUGACAAGAUCUUUGGAUUCAUCUCGUGUCACUUCAGAACAGAAGUCUUAGAAUGUCAUGCUUAUUUAUGUCAGAAACGAAAAGUGGCGGAGGCCUUAGCUCUGACGGUAGCACAAGCAUUCAAUAUCGCUUAUGAUGUAUGGAAGAAGAGCAGAGCUGAAAAGACUAGCACCGACUCAGAAGGGAAGGACGAAAGCAUAUCAGAUGACUAUGCAGAAUCAUCAGAUACUAGUACAAACCAUGGUUCACCGGUUCGGAAGUCGGCCCCUCAGUCCAUCCCAGGAUGCAAUUCUACGGAAUCAAGAUCGCCAAUCCAUUGGUCUCCCGACAUCACAUCACCCUCGUUACAUCCCCCUCCACUUUCCACCAAAAUAUUAUCUGUUCAAUGUGAUACGCCUGUCAUCUCAUCCUCCGCCCCACCCACGACGCUCAACUUUGAAAAGCAUCGGCCGCCACCUUUAGUUUUCAACGGCCAUGUUCACCUUGAUGAUAGCAACAAACAAAUGCACCAAGUCACAAACUCAUUAUCAAAUUUAGGCCUAGAAGACGAUGAUGGAGAUUUGGAUGACUGUUUCUCAAAAUUGGCUGAAAGUCGAUCGAACCCCGGACUCCUGGACAUCAACGUCAAGCGAUCUCCGUUUGAUGCAGACGUGAUCGUGCACUUCUCCGGAACGAACAAGGACCGAGAUACAUUACUGAAAUCCGAGUCCAAGGAUUCUUUCUUCCUCCCCAAUUCGCAAGAUAAUCUUCUGAUCGGUAACCUUUGAUCCCGGCUUGCGUCGUAUUCUCGGUCCUGGCAGAGAGGUCUGAAUUCCAUUCUACACAAGAUUUUAAUAAUGAAAUGAACAUUUAUACGAUAGAUUAUUAUUAUUAGAAUGUAAAGUUUUUUUGUAUUUCAUGAAAGUUUUUCACAGAACUCAAAAGUGAAUGGACGGUGUUUGUGCAAGUAUGUGUUUAGAUGUAAUUUUGAAUAGAAUGAAAUAUAAAUAUAUAUGAAGGGUCACUUAAAUUGCUAUUGAGUAUCAUAUAGCUCACUAAAAAUGCAUGUUAAUUUAUUUUAUUUUUCCUGUGUGUGUUAAGGGAAAUCCAACAUGAAGAACAACUUCUAUGAAGAGGAAAGAAGAGAAACUUAAUCAGCAAAGCGGAUUGAUGAAAGUUUGAAUAAAAUUUGUCAAACAAUAUGACUCUUAUGAAUUUUGAAAAAAAAAUUGUAUUUACUCAUUGUUUACUCUAAAUAAAAAAAAAUGGGUAAAAUUUCAUCUGAAGUAAAAUUCUACUCAGAAUUUAUAUUGUUUAUUUUACAAACCCACAACAACACACUUUAUAUUACUAACACAAACGAAAAUGCCCUUUAGAAAAUUUUGUAUUUAUUAAUUACGUUUCAGUAAAAAAAAUAUAAAAAUAAAAAAACCCAGGAAAAAAAAAACUUGGGCCUUCCAUGUGUGGGACUCUACAUUCAGACUCUAUUAUACAAAUUGCCAAUUUUAAAUUUAUCUACAUAUUUAGAUAUCUUAUUGUCCAAAUCUUCCACAAAAUUCUUAUUCCCUGCGCAAUUUCUUUCAAACUUUCACCAUUAUUUUUAUUACUUUCACACACAUUCUUAUACAGUUUGAUUCUCUUUUAACUAAUCCUAUUUAUUUGUAUGAAAAUGAAAAUAAAUUCAAAAUUAGUCAUUUUUAUUUGGAUAUUAUGUGGUGCACGGAAACUGACAUGUAUAUGGUCAUAACAAUGGUCCCUACUUAAUAUUUUAACAUAAUACAAGAAUCAUUGUGAAUGGACUUUGUUGUAAUAUUAAUACACCCUCACAAUUGAUUAAUGGAAAAUUGAUUGUAAUUAAAGCAGAAACAGGACAACUUUUCGUAAAGGAAAGCUUUUCCAGAAAUGACUCCCACAUAAUUUGAUAAUAAUAAAGAAAUAAAAAUUACACUUAGAUGUACUACUUCAUCAGCCCCCUUAACACAUAGAUUAGCAUUAAUCACUAUUUUGAGAGAAGAGUUCUGAUUGGUUCCUAGUCAGUCUAUUCAGCAAAAUGCUCAUGCAACAAUGAUUUUGAUAGGCCAUUUCGUUUAGCAAUUAAUUAUGCCUGGCCCGAGUGGCCCCACUGGCCGACGGACACAAAACAUAUUCAUAACAGAUACAGCGGACAAGCAAAAUUUCGGGGUGGCUCCAUCCGUUUGCAUCCGCUCAAGACAAUAGACAAAAUGAGCGAACAAUGGACGGAUGCUUGAUAGAUAUAGAGCGUAUGAAACACGUAUGUGCUCUGUGUUUCAAGGAAGAAAUUUCUGCGAGGUCCCUGAUUACCGCACCUGGGUUGAGUGCAGCACAAUAUGGAUAAAUUUCUUGCUUGAAGAAAGUGAUGUCUUGGGUAGGAUUUGAACCCAUGACCCUCCAUUGAUCCCUUAUAUUAGCUUAUUUCUUGUGCAAAUCUCUUUGAAAGAGAAAUUUUAUGUUUUUUUUAAUUAUUGUCCCGUCAAUAGUGAAAAGGCAUGAACACUAUGAAGAGUGUUUGUAUGUUGAGACUGACGAUAAUGGUAUUACACACACUUAUAAAAUGGAAAUGAUUGGCCCAAAGUCGCAAAGAUGGUUUCAUUGUAUAGAUACACUUGCAGAUUUUAUUAUUGAAUGCACUUGAUUGAACCUGUUUUUUUGUGUGAUUGAACUGAGAGUGUUUCAUGAAACAAAGUGUCGGUGAUUUUCACAGUUCGUUUUGCUCUUAGCCAAUCAGAUGCAAGGAUUUCAGUAGCUUUAAACCGUUGUGAGUGACAUGCUCCACUGAGUGCAGCUUUCUUUUCAAGUCGUUGAAUAUAUAUACCUGGUGCUUCUAUUGAGAAGUUAAUUCAAAUUCAUUAGAAUGUUUAAUGGCGCAGUCACACUUCGCCUACGAUGACCGUACGGCGAGUCAAAAACGGCCGUUUUUUAUCAUUUUUGUACCAGCUUCCUGUAGGUGGUUCGUUUAAAAAUCUGUAAAACUGCUGUUUGCGAGUCACACGGCGGACACUGUAGGGGAAAUGUGACUGCAGCAUAACUGACAGUUCUUCUUUUUCAUCUUCUUAAUUUCUUCUUCUUCUCCUUCUUCCCCUUAUUCUUCUUAUUAUUGUUGUUCUUCUUAUUAUUCUUAUUCUUCUACUUCUUCUCCUUCCCCUCUUCCUUUUUCUCCUUCUCCUUCUUAUUCCUCUUCUACUACUUUGGUACCUAUUGAAAGACUUGAUAGUCCAUGUAGAGAUACACCAUGGCAAAAGUCACAAGUUUUAGCAGUCUUUGACCAAAAUGCACACUUCUUAGAUGUCUGUUCUUUACAUACAUGUAAGACCAUGAUUUAAUUCCCAAAAUCUGCAUUUGUGAGCUGUUGUUCAAAAACAAUGAUUUUUCAAACCACUUUGGUGACUUUGGGCUGUUGAGUUUCAAUCUGUCAUGUGAGAAUCUAAGACAGAACAAAGUGUAUGCCAGUAACUUUUAUGAUGUUACAACGUACUAUGUACAUACUCGGAUGACAUGUCAGGCAAGGUAGCUAAGCGUUCUUCAGACAUCCAUAAAGCCCCAGUCACACUUAUGAAACCGAUUCCAAUCCGAUCGAUGGUAUGUCAUUGGAAAUAAUGUACUAGCAUUGCUCAGUGUGGUAUUGGUUAAUAUGAUGUGUCUGUAACUUCAAGCUCUAGUCACACUUAUGAAACCGAUUUCAAUCCGAUCAAUGGUAUGUCAUUGGAAAUAAUGUACUAGCAUUGCUCAUUGUGGUAUUGGUUAAUACGGUGUGUAUGUAACUUCAAGCUCUAGUCACACUUAUGUAACUGAUUCCAAUCCGAUCAAUGGUAUGUCAUUGGAAAUAAUGUACUAGCAUUGCUCAUUGUGCCUGAAGCCUUACCAAAACACAUUAAAGGCCAAAUCCACCACAGCAUUUAUUAAUUUCAUGAAUAAGAGAAAAUAAAACUUAAAAAAAGUCUAAUCGAAGUUUGAUAAAGUUGCAGAAUAUAGUUAUUAUCAAUAUGAUGCAUGCGAUUCUUAUUAUUCUCAGUUCCACUUACAUGUUUUCAGUAUUUUUCUGUUUAUGCAUGUCGGCUUGAUUUUGGAGAGGAAUUGGUCUUUAAUGCUCAGAGAUACAAUGUGCUUUUUGAUUUUAUAAAGAUAUAUUACUUAAAAUGAUAUAAUGAUGAUAGUAUGUCCUUUAUAUAGCGCUAUUACUAUAUACUCAACUGCGCUUGAUACUUGGUAUCACAUUAUUAACCUGGCUGUAGCUGAGCUGCCAUAUAGGUGCUUUCAAAAGCAUUCAAGAAAUAAAUUAUACUGUUUAUCCAUUCACCUCACCUGGGUCGAGUGCAGCACAACUUGGAUCAGUUUCUUGCUGAAGGAAAUACGCCAUGGCUGGGAUUCGAACCCACGAGCGGCUGUUUCAAAGUCCGGAGGCUUAUCCACUGCGCCGCAACGAUCCAUAUUAAUCCCAACUAAUUAUCUUGAUACAUUGUUUCUCCCUGAGGCUCGGUAUAUUGUGUAAGAAAAUGAGGUGAAAUGCAUUAUGUUUAGCCUUAAAAGGUGGAAUACGAUAUAACCGGGGAUCAAAAUCAGAGUGAAUUUUCCUAUAGAAUCUUUAUUUUAUGAUGAAUGUGCAUGGUUAAAUAUUAUAUGUUAUUUGACUUUAUAUUAUUAUUAAUUUGCUAUUGGGGAAGGACAUAAUUUUAAGUUAUUAUGUUUCCUGUUUGAUUUAAAUUAUUUUCCUUUCCACAUGACCAAAUCAUAGUCCAAUACAUAUAGCUUGAUUUUUCAAAGUAUUCAGGACUGGUCUAUUCUCUUUCAGAUCAAGGAUCUAAAGUAAAUCCAAAACUAAAAAAAACUUAGUUAUUUGUCAGAAUAAAAAAAUAUGUCCAAGGUUUGGCUUGUCACUAUUCUCAGCUGAUCUGAGGCCUUUAACACAAAGAUUAGCAAUGAUCGUCGAAAAAUAUCUUACGACUGAUUGCAUUGAAUACAAUGUACAAUCUAUCGUGAAAAUCAAGCGUACGAUUAAUCACCAAGUUUUGUGUUCCGAACCCUGGAUUUAUUUCAAAUCUGAAAAUUGGAGUAUAGUGUAUAU